UUGGCUCCCAAGCCAAGCAAUAUUUUCUUUUGAGUUCAGCUGACGAUUCUUGCCAUUGCCCACAUCAUCAAUCACCUAAGACCAUCUUCUACAACUGUUUCCUCCACUUCAUCUCCAGCCCCAUUAAAAAACACAGCACAGUUCCAAAUAGGGAGGGACCGUGAUUUGACAUCCAAACCAUUCUGUUCUAACAAACACACUACAGAUUCUCAAUCAAUUCCAUUGCUUUCCUGAACUUGCAUGACAAUGUACUAACAGAAAUCUAGAUGUUGUAUGCUUUCAAUACAAACAAAGUCACCAACUCUGUUUUUUGCAGGCAGGAGGGGGCCUUUUAGUAUGAGUAUAUGAAAUGAGAGAGAGGAUAGAGAAAUUUGCAGUCAUGCCAUUUACAAUCAGCUGUGCUACUCCUUCAAGUACUGCAAUCAAAGACCAACAUAUCAAAAAACCAACUGGUGGGGAUUCUGUGCUUUCAAGGACUUCUUCGGCUGCUAAGUCAGAAGUCAAGUAUAUAAAUGUUGCAAAAAAUUCUAAUUCAGGAACCAAAAACUCUCUUCAGAGAGAAACGUCAUUUUCAUCGUCCCCUCCAGUUGAAAGUUCCAUAUUCACAAUCCCUUUUUCCAAAUCCUUAAUAUCCAAUAAAUUGCAGAGAUUUUUCAAAGGACUCAGAGCACUUACGCAACUCUUUGUCUAUAAAGAGGAGGAGAUGCAGAUUGGAUAUCCUACAGAUGUCAAGCAUGUCGCUCACAUUGGGUGGGAUGGAUCCUCUGGAAGUUGCAGAAGCUGGAUUGGCGACUUGAGAGGACCUGCAAACCAUUCAUCAGCUAACAGUAAUGAUGAAUCUGAAUUGGAGCAGCCAAGAUGUUCAAGUUGGAUUGAGGAUGCUCCAUCUCUUCCUGAUUGGACUCCACAGGAUCUGUUGGGCACUCUUGGACUUCAUCCACCAAGUCCACAGUUUAACCUCUUCAAGGCAGCUGAGGCAAAGGCAGAGAAAGCCAAGAGCAUGUCAUUUGAAUCCAAAAAAGCCACAUCAUCCCUUCAAAUGAUGUAAACCAACUUUUUUCUUUUCUUCAAGACUGAUAUCAUCUACUCCUAAAUCCAGAAGGAUGUGUGCUAUUUUCUGAUGGAUAUUCAAUGAGUAUACAUCCAUAACCACAUUCAUCAUACCUGAUCCCAGUAUGAGGGGAUCUCUUCUAAAUUCCAAUAUGUGCAGAUGUUGCUUGGUGUUGCUGAUUUGGGUGGUGUUAUGAAUUCAUACUAAAAUCUUAAGGAUUACUUCAUCAUUAUCACUGUAAGAAAUAUUAUAUCUAAAGCAAAAGCAAAAGGUUAGAAAUAGGUGAGAGUGGUUAAGCAAAUCCUAUUGAGUCAUCGAAACUUGCUUGAAUUGCAAGAUAUCUCAGUUGAGUUAUGGAAACUUGCUUGAAUUGCAAGAUAUCUCAACAGGAAUUAAAAAAAAAGGUAUGUUGUUGGGUUUGAUAGGGGUCCAUGGCCCUUGGAUAUUGUUUGUAGGAGCAUCUGUAUAUCUUUAAUGGUUUCAUGUAUUGUUCAUGUGACAUCUUUGUCUUAAAGUUUUAAGACAGAAUUUAAUUUUACAGAGUUUCAAAGCUCUUUUGUAACUUUUCUUGGUCAUGGUGGUUGUGGGGGCAUUCUUUAUUUCAGUGCAAAAUGUGGGGCUGGACAAAUCAUCAUACCCAAGGUGGAAUAUUUCUCAUAUUUAAUUAUGAUAAAGGAUAGAGCUUUUUAAAUUA